UUUACGGUCAAAGUUGAAGCACAUGGAUAGAGGAAGCACUACAUUGUGGAAUGGAGGGAGUAUUUGUUAACCCUGAGAUGCUACUCUCGGGUUCUAGGCGGAAUCUGCUUAUCACCGCUAAUGCCGAACUGGAGGAGAUUCUCAAGGAUGAUGAUCUGUCGCUCGAGAAGGUCAUCAAGGGUGACAAGCCUUCGCUCAUGGAGAUCCUCGGAUGCAGUAAGCCAUUUCUGAAGUUCUUCACAGGCAGAAAGCCAUUGCUCGAUGAAAUCGAAAGAGAAUUUACGCAGAGAAUAAUUGGCAAGGUGCAGCCCACACAAUGCCAAGAACAAGUUGUUGAACACACACAUUCGCCACCUGGUGCAAAGAAAUAUCCAACUGCACAGGAAGGUUGUUUUAUCCGUGAUGCCUGUAAGAUUUCUGAAGCGCUGUUGUCUUUGGGUGAUGAGAACAAGACAUGGGAAGUGAUCGAAGGUGUGUGGGUGGAGAUGCUCUGCUUCUCAGCCAGUAGGUGCCGAGGAUACCUACACGGAAAGAGCCUGGGCACUGGCCCUGAGCUCCUCACUUAUGUCUGGCUGCUGCUAUCACACAUAGGGAUGGAGACCUUGCCGGAGAGGCCGCAGAGGAUGGAGCUUUCAAGUGAAGGAAAUGCCGGUGCCCCUCCAUCGACUUCCCAGAUACCUGGGAGCGAAGAUCCACCUCCUUGCAGACGCUCAAGGCCUCAUGAAGCUGCUGCUGCCGGCGCAUCCAUGUCUGAAUCCCAAGAAAUAGUACCAGCUGAAUAAUCUGAGAAAUCAUACUCUAUCGUUAUACGUACAUGGAAAUAGCCCGGUGUCAAUAUCACCCAUAUGUCGUUCGUGUCAUUUGCUUACUCACUUGCAGCUGCUCCUCGGUGCAGAGCUUGAUGCACUAGUCCAGUCUGAUGCCUGGCAGUCUGUUUGUGAGCUGUUGGAGCUGCCAGAUUACCAAGUCUGUAGUAUGGAUGCCAGGUUACUCCACGAUUGCCCCAUGUUGAAUUCUCUAGUAAUGUAUUUCUACCUGAGGGUCAGAAAUUUCAGUGUUGUUUUUCUUCCUCAAUCUCCAUCAUUUUAUAACCAUGUGAAUAUUUGAUCUACCAGAAACAGGGGGUGUGGGAGGGAGUACCGGCUGAAUAACCUGAGAAAUUAUUGUCUGUUUAUUUACAGUUGGAAAUAACCCGUUUCUGCAUUACCAAUCUGAUGUGCCUGAUUUUAGUUUGCAGCUGCACUAUUGUGCAGAGCUUAAUAUACUAUGGCUGCUGUUAACCGCCCAUUUCCUAUUUCUACAAUGAGCAUGUUUGUAGAACUGUCGCCCCAUGUUAAACACAGUGGCGAAACGACGUGUCUUGCCUCGUCAAGAUUAUGAUAACAUGCCGUAAUCUUGGCUUCUUAUUUGCUUACCAGUGGAAGCUCUGCCUUAAUUGAUUCGUUGCGAUAUGCUGUUCUUUGGUGUGGUUCUCUGGUUUUCUCGGUGAAUAAGAGCCAUCUGAUGCCUGUUUGUUUCCAGUUACAGUGCCUAUCAGUCCACCACCAUUUUUGUAAGAGUCUGGAUUUGGUGUUGGUGGUUUUAUUUUAUUUUUGAACUUGAAUACUCUAUUGAUUCAAUCAAUUUGAUUGUAAUAAUGUAUUACUACCCAAAGGUCAGAUGCUUUU